CUCCCCAGCCUCCCCCAGCACCUGCUGAGGUGUUAAUAUCUCCUCUGUGCCAGGGGCUGGAGGUGUGCAAGGCUGCUGCUCAUGGAUGGUGCUCACAGUGCUGUGAGCUGUGGAACUGCUGCUGGGCAGGCAGGAGCUCUGGGGUGCCAGCACGGUGUGGCUGCUGAGGCUGGGGCUGGGAGGGGUCAUGAUGGGGCAGGAAUGGGCUCAUGAUGGGGCAGGAAUGGGAUCUCCCAGCUGUUUGACCUCCAGCCACAGUAGGAAAUGCAGCGUGGGGCUGGGCUGGCUGCAGUCACUGCCCUGUGUGUGUGGGGUGGAUGCUGAUGGCACAGCUGCUGUCAGGAGCUCCUGCAGGAGCAAAUGCUGUCUGUGCAGGUCUCUGGUGAGGCUGCCUUUCUCAGAGGUGCUCCCUGCCUCCAGCUGCUGCUGCAGCCAGCUUCAGCAGUGUCACCUCAUCAGCACUCAGGUGCACUGAGCUGAUUGCUCAGGGCACCUACUGCCACUGCCCCCGCCCCCAAAGGGGCUGCUGAGGUGCUCACAGUUUAUCAAACCCAGCAGUCCCCAACCCAUCAGCCCCACCCACCUGCUGUGCAUAGCAGAGGGUCCCAGUGCCCUUCAUUUGGAAUUGUGUUGGUCCAGCAAGCUGCACCUCUGAGGGAGGUGGUUCUGCUGACCACAGAAACACUCCCAGGGCUCAGUCCUUCAUGUCCCACCCCUCCAGCCCUUAUAUGUGCACAUGGAAAAAGAGAGUGAGGCACAGGGGAGCCUCAGCAUCUCACAGAAAUGUGAGAUUCUGUGGUGCAGACCAGCCCCUCCUCAUUCCCUGUGAGCAGGUUUAGUGCUGCUGUGUAAACCCAGCUGCAGGUCUAAUCCCUGGGGAGCUGCCAGCUGCUCAGACUCCAGUUUGUCCCCAAAUCCCACACACCCUCCUCGCCCUCUGCCUUCCCCCUUGCCAACAGCAUGUGUGCACCUGGGGAGAGACAUUCCUGGUCCCUCUGAUAAGGCUGUUGCAAAUACUGAGGAAGAAAGAAGAGGGAAUGAUAGCACUUCCUCCUCCUCUCCUCUCAGUUUCUUCAUGGCUGAAAGGUCAGUGAUCCUUUCUGUGGUCAGGGAGGUUGUGGUUUCCUGGUAUUCCCAUGGGAAUCAGGGUUUCUGGGGCAGACAUCAGCUGCCCCAGCAUUGCUGAGGACCCAGCUGGUGCUGGUUCUGUCACCACAAGGUUUCCAGCAGUUUCAGCUCUGUGCUGGAGGCUGCAAUGUGCCCGUCUAUGGCUUUGCAAAUCUCUUUCCUCCUCUGCAAAACAGUGCUGUGCAAAGCACUGAAGUGCAAAGCUGGAGGGUUUAUUACAGCAGGUGGUGGGGAAAGGCUUAAAAUCCAAAAUUCAGCUAAAAUCUGUGCUCUGUGGGUCACCCCCUGCCUUCCAUCCUGCCCCCAGCACAGCCUGCUUACACACUGUUGGGACAGACAAAUUUUCUGAGGUGACAGCCAGAUGCCUUAAGACUGAGGGAAAGCCAAACCAAAAUAAACCUGAUGUAGCUGGGUGCUUUAAUUUGCAGGAAGAGCUGUGCAGCAGCAGGCUGAAUCUUUCUUGCUGCAUCAAGCAUAAAUUCAUCAGGUAUUACAUUUCCUGGGAAAAAAAAUAAAGCAGAAUAAUUCACUUGGAAAUAAAGAGUGGAGCUAUUUUUCCCUCUGACACGGUGAAUGCAAUUACCUAAGGCAUGGGAGGCUGAGAUAACUCACUGAUUCAGCCCCCACUCUCCAAAGAAACCAUCAUCAUUCUGUCAGAAAAGGCUUUAAACUCCAAUUCACAUCCUGAAUGCUAAAACAUCACCACAUACAGAAGCUGUCCUUAUGAUUUCCAUGCACCAGCUGCUGCAUCACAAGGAAAACACACUCAUAGACAGGCCCAAAUUUAUUAUUGUCAAGGCCAUACACACAGUGCAAGUUCCCUGUGUUUGCUGACCCUUUUUCCCGUGCUGUUGGUGUCUCCCUGUCCAUCAGGAGCAAUUCCUGUGAAGCAAAGCCCACUGGCACCCUGGUAGUAGUGUGUGAGCCACGCUGGGGCUGGGAAAAUGUGCAUGGGGGUUGAGAGUCUCAAGCUGUGUCUGUUUGGAGAGCUCAGUGCAGGCAAGCCAUAAGCCUGUGAUUGCCCCCAAAUUUAAUUCCAUUUAGGCAGCACUCUCCCACCUCUUCUGCCAUUACAUAAUGGGGAGCAGAGUAAUGACUUUCAGCAAUACUGUUUGAGUGGCAGCAGUCCAAUUGGACUGUAUUUUUUUUUUAAAUGGUGGGGGGAGAGCAGGUUGGCAGAGGGGAGAAAGCAUCCGUUUGGUUCGUCUGCAAUCCCCGUUUCGCUUUGGGAGCUUUAGAGGACAGACACAUUCUUCCAUCUCCGCUAAUCCUCCUCUGAUACAGAGGAUUUUCCUGCCAUUAAAUGAUAGCUUGUGAGAAAAAAAUGCCAACUUUUCAGAGACUGACUGCUAUGGCUAAGGGCAGCCUCAUCAGCAGGAGGGAGGACACAGCCACUGCCUGGCCAGCACCUAUUUCCUGGGGAUAGAGCCAGUCCCUUACUGCUGGUGAUCCUUUCCCACCUCAGAUGAGAGGAAUCUGCCUUUGGCAUGGCUCGUGGGAAGGACGCAGAUGAGCUCCUGAAAAGCAGUGGCACAAAGCUGCAGGAUUCCCUGAGAAGGUCAGUGGUGGAAGGAAGAUACUCACCAGGAAGGUGCUGGGGACUUCUUCAGUUUGAAAGUGUGUGAGAGAAGAGCAUUUUCCUUCAUCUUCCUGUCUAAACAUAAAUCUUUUUGUGGAAAAAUGAUGCAGGGAAAUGACAGAGGAUGAAACCCAUCUCUAUUCUUCCUGUGUGCUUUUAGAUCCCUUAAGUUUUCUUGCCAGACCUGAAAUGCCACUAGAGAAUCAUCAAGGUAAUGUUUGCCAUCGUUCUGAAUGGUGAGUAUACCCUUAUUCUGCAUUAUCCAGUAGUGGAUUAGACAGAUCAUUUUGAAAGGUGGUGGUGAAAUAUUCAAUUAUUACUACCAUUGUGUCUUCACCCUUCUUAAGAAUCUGCAACCUUUCUUUUUUGUUUCUUUUCCUUUGGUCUCUCACUCUUUUCUUACAAAUACUGAGUUACUGUAGUAUUUAAAAGAGCAAAAGAUAUCAUCCAUGGGAGGAAUUUUUUUAAUUCUUUAAUGUCACAAAUGUUUUUGACCUUACUGCUCUAUUUCACCCUUUUGUUCAAACACACGUCUCAUUUGAGUGCCUAAAUGUGUCACUGAGGGGCUGAAAGCUUCCAGUGCUGCCCUUUUUUAGAGAAGGGGAAGGAGUGAGGUAGGAAAGAUGGGAAUGUUUCAGGCUAUGUUGAUCAGAGGAGACCUCACCAAUGGGGAAGAGCUGAUCUCUUUUUCCCUGAGCAACAGCUCUCCAAGGGUUUAGUAUGGUUCAUUGGAAGAUUUUUCCCAAAUUUCUUGCCAGGAGAAAGAGGGGAAAUUUCCCAACAAAGGCUGCAUUGCUGAGGGGUUUCUCUGAGGUCCAGUUUUCUCAUUAGAUGGUCCUCACACUCUUGCUGUCCAUGUCCCACACAUUGCAAAGAUGCACUUGUAAAAAGAGAUCUCAGAAGCCUGCUAUGAAAUGCCACGAGCAGAAGACCCAGAUUUGGCACUUGUGUAUAUGGAAAACAGGCUGGAUAUGGCUUGGGGCAGACAUUUCCUUUAUUGAGUGCUUAGAGGAGAAGCAGGGGGGAAGGAGGGGAUCUGGUUAUCAGCAGGCUCAUUCCUACACUGCCCACCAUGUGCUCAGCAGUGGGUGGAGGGCUGCUCUGAAGGCCAGGGAUGUGACUGAGCUUGGGCAGCUGGAGCUAAACAUGGACCUUGCUCAGAACAGCCUCACCUAUAGGACAGCCUAUGCACAAAUGCCCCUCUGGAUGUCACCCUGAACCCACACAAGGCUCCCUACCAGCAGCAGCCCUUGCAUCCAUCCUUUUCCAGACAACCACCUGCAGUCAGACAUUUGGGAACAGGCAAAUCCUUAAUCUGUCUGGCCCUCAGUUUAUGUAACUGCCUAACAAAAACAACAUAUGCCCCUGUUGGCAUGCAGAGGGUGGACUGGUGCAGAGGGGAGCAAACGAGGCAGCCCCUGGGCAGGCUGCACAAAGAAUGAGCAAUCUGGGACCAGCUUAUUGUUCCUCCUCUCGACCUUAAACUCCAGCUGUUGUCAGGAGGAUUGAAGGGGACUUUCCUUUAGCUGUGGCUGUUAGAUAAGGGCAUGGGAAAAAGAGGAAGAGCAGACAAACAAAAUGACAACCUGUCUAAAAUCCUUUCCACCUCCCAGAGUCCUUCACUAUCAUUUAUCCUUGAAGUGAUGUUGUUUUGCUAAUUCUCCAGUCACAAUAGUGUGCCCAGGCAUGAUGAGACCUGAAUUUUGAUGAAGAGGCCACAGCUCAUCCUUUUGUCAUGCUCUCUGUGUAUUCAAAUGCCUUUCCUACAUGCAAUAACCAGAAUGGUUUGAACAGACCCAGGCUCCAGGGCAGCUCCUGGGUUGGUGCCCUUCAGCAGGGCCUUGCCCAACAGCUGGUUUUGCAAGCCUCUUUAACACAGGGAGUGUAAACUCCUAAAUACAGCCCCGUGCAUGCUGUCUUUAGAAAGGAUGGAGGAAAGGCAGAGCAAUCGUGGCCCAAACUGUCUUUUGUCCUGUACGUUAAAGCCUUAAGGACUGCAAAAAUAAAACUUGAUGCUUGCUGAAGCUGAUGCAUCUUGGCAUAUCAGCUCACAGUCUGUUUUAUUAAAAAUGCCCAUGGGAAUACUGCUGUAGAGGGCAAUCCCCGUGCUGCAAACCACAGGGAGAGGCAGCCCAGCUGCUGGGAGCUUCCCCCUCUGGACACUCAGCAGGAGUAUGGAGGAACCCCCCCGAUCCCAGCAGCCCAAUAAUAGAGGUGGCUGUUGGUAAAGCUGUUGGUAUCUCACGUUUUGCUGAAAAAAAAAGAAGAAAAGGGUUAUGUUUGCAUGGGAGUUAAUAAACUGCAGCAGAAAACCAUUUUGCAGCAGCAAUAGCACCAUUUUGUGCUUAUGACUACAGCUGGUGGGCUGCUCAUUUUGUGGAGGAGAAGGAAGGGUGUGUCUGGGAGCAAUUAGGAAAACUGCCUUCAGUUCUUCCUCUCUAAUGAGUUUAUAUUCAUGGAUUCAGACAAAGGAAGGGACCUAAAAGAUCAUCUCAUUCCAAGCCCCCUGCCAUGAGCAGGGACACUUCACUAGAUCAGGUUUCUUAGAGCUUCAUCCAGCCUGGCCUUGAGCACUGCCAGGGUUGGGGCAUCCACAGCUUCUCUGGGUGUCCUGUGUCAAUGCCUUACCACCCUCACAGUAAAGAAUUUCUUCCAUAUAUCUGACCUAAUUUUUUCUCUCUUUCAGAGGGAAAAAGCAUUUUGCAGUGAAAAAAAAAAUAUCAGUUUUCAGAUUUUUUUGACUGGAUGUUUUUUUCCCUGCAAAAUCCCUGUCUGUAGAGGCUGAUGUUUCCCAGUCCUUUUGCUCCUUUUUGCUCUUCUCUCAUUUCUCCCAAGAGCCUUCUUCUCUUCCCUGUUGUUCACCCACGUGUGUGGGACUAACCUGGGAGGAAACAACAGCCUUGCACCUCCCGUGUCAGGCUGAUAAAGGACAGAGUGGCUGCUCCCAUCAUAAGGCACUAUGGUGACUUUUGAGAAUUGGCAAAGCAGCAAAAACUGUGCUGGAGAUGCAGAGUUUCUCAUCCAUGAUCAUGAGAUCAUGAAGCCAGCAGUCAAACAAUAUCUCUCAGUUUGUUUUCAUCCACACUGUCAUAGCAGUACACAGUGGGAAUGUGUUUUCAAACACUGCAUUGAAUCUCCUUGAGAGCUGAGAGUUCCCCUUCCAGUGCUGCACCAGCUCAGGGCUCUGGUGGAGAAACAAUGGAAGGAAGGAAGGAAGGAAGGAAGGAAGGAAGGAAGGAAGGAAGGAAGGAAGGAAGGAAGGAAGGAAUUUGACACAUUUUGGGCAAUUAAUUGAUCUCCCCUGCCCAUUGUCAGACUCAGGAUAUACUGCCAUCCCCUUUUCCACACCCAGGAAUGCUGUAACCCACACACAGCAUUUCUUCAAUGCUUCAAUGCAUUUUCUCCCUGGCCAAACCAUGUCCCCAUCAGGCAGCAGAGAGAGCCCAAAAGAGACACUUGAGAAAUACUGAAUUCUAGGUGAGCCCCAUCCUGGGGAGAGGAAUUAAUCAGAGAUUAUGUUCCACGUGACAUAUAUCCUCAGCAGGUGUAGAAAGUCCAGAAGAUUUUUAGGAAUUUUACACAAGAGCUCCUCAGUCAGCACUGGUGUACAGGUGGCAAUUAGCUUGGCUAAAGGGGAGGAAAAGCAAGUGAAAUUUCUUUUUACUGCUCUGACUAAUUAAUUAGCUAACGAUGCAUUCUUUUCUCUCCUGGCCUGCCUCUGUGGGGGUGGCAGUGAUCCUUUGGGUCCCACGGGUGCACGGGGUGUGGGCCUGCGUGCGCUCCUGCCCUCCCAGCUGCGUGUGCACCCCGGAGAGGAGCUGCUCCGUGCUCUGUGACCGCGCCGGGCUGGGGCAGAUCCCCAGCGAGUUCCCCUGCGAAGCCUCCUCCAUCAACCUGGAUAAAAACAGCAUCAAGUUCCUGUCUGAGAGGGCCUUCGGGACGCUGCCCUCCCUCAAAUCCCUGUCGCUCAACCACAACAACAUCUCCUUCAUCACGCCGGGCGCGUUCAAGGGGCUGCCCAGCCUGACGGAGCUGAAGAUGGCCCACAACGAGUACAUUCGCUAUCUCCACACGCGGACCUUCACCGCGCUGCGGCGCCUCGUGAGGCUGGACCUGGCCGACUGCAACCUCUUCAACAUCCCAGACAGGAUCUUCAUCGAGCUGCCAGCUCUGCAGGAGCUGUUCUGCUUCCAGAACAACUUCCGAAGGAUUCCGGGCGCCAUCAGGGGCAUGGAGAACUUGACCCAUGUGUACCUGGAGAGAAAUAGGAUCGAAGCGGUGGCCUACAACUCCCUGCAGGGCCUGACCAAGCUGAAAUACCUGAAUCUGCAGGACAACAAGAUAAAUGUCAUCCACGAGCGAGCUUUUCAGGGCUGUCAGAGGAUGGAGUACCUGUACCUGAAUGACAACUUGAUCACUGAGCUUCCAGAAAACUCCUUCGAUGGCCUGAGGCGCCUGAAGAUGCUCAACCUGGGGGGGAAUUUUCUCAGGAACAUUUCCAACACCUGGUUCCGGGACUUGGGGGAGCUGGAGUUCCUCUACCUGGACCGCAACAGGAUCAGCUACAUCGAGGAAGGGGCUUUUGAGAACCUCACCAGCCUGGUGGCCCUGCACUUGAACAGCAACAACCUGACCACGCUGCCCUUCUCCGUGUUCGAGCCCGUGUACUUCCUGGGGCGGCUGUACCUCUUCCGCAACCCCUGGGAGUGCGACUGCCGCAUCGAGUGGCUCAAGGAGUGGAUGGAGAACUACAGGCUGGUCAGGGAUAUUCCGUGUGCCUCCCCCUCCUCCGUGGCUGGUGUUGAUCUGACAGACGUGCUCUUCGAGAGGUCUCCCGAAGGUUACUGCCUCGACCCGGAGGAGCUGAACGUCACGUCUGAGCAGCCGACACCAAGCGAGGAGCCUUGGUCCACCACAGAGAGCAAGUUCAACAGCCUUAUCUCCAAACUCUUGCUCCAGAUGGGCCUUCCCGAAGAGGUGGCAAAUGCCACUGAAGUGUACAGUAACAGCACGCAGCCGGACAGACAGACUGAAGGGGUUUCUUCCAGCGUGAGGGAGGACAGAACCAAGGCUGACUCCUCUUCCUUGUACCUCCCAGCACUUUUGACAGUGAUUGUUCUGCUGUGCAAAUAGUCCAAGGGCUGCAUGGAGCAAGGGUUCUGCUCAAGUCUUUAGAUGCUGCACCUACUUAGUCAUCAGAGAAAAGUUUUAUUGUGGGCCUCUGAUACAUAACGGGCUCCAAACUCUUCCAGGCUGGGUUUGUUGGAUCUGGCUCCAGAUUCCCCUGGGAGCUGGUGAAUCUGGGUCCCACCCUGGGUGACAAACCUGCCCUGUGGGUGUCCCAGAGCCUCCUGGCUAUGCACAGGGAGAUGAGCAGCACUAUGAUCGAAUUUUGCCUGGAGAUGUGUGAUGUUCUGCUGGGAAAGGAGGGAAGAAGGCUCUGUCUGUGGGGUGUUUGUCCCAUCAGGCCAGCUUGCGAGAGCAAGAUGUUCCAUGCUGACUCAGCUUCGUGAGAGCAAGAUGAGGCUGCAAAACUGGGCCCCUCUUCGUGUCCUGACAGACACCCACACCCAUGGCAGGUGCUGCUGAACAACGGGAAACUAUUCCUGAUUUCCCCCAGUGGGUGCAGGAGGGAGCAGGGCAGUCCUGGACAACAUCCAGGGAUGCAGCAGGAAACAUGUACAGGCCUCAUGGAGACAUCCAGGGAACAUGUACAGAACUCAUGGAAACAUCCAAACAUGAAGACAUCCAGGGAACAUGUACAGGCCUCAUGGAAACAUCUAAACAUGGAGACAUCCAGGGAACAUGUACAGGCCUCAUGGAAACAUCUAAACAUGGAGACAUCCAGGGAACAUGCACAGGCCUCAUGGAAACAAGGAAAGUGCCUGGGGGAGGCACCUGCCCCAGGCAGAUCUGGGAUGGGCACAGUAUUUUUGCUGUGACCACAGGCAGGAUUUUGAUCCUUUCUCUCCUCCCCGUUGUUCUGAUUCUGGUGCAGGAGAACCAGAUGGACUCGUGUUUGUCCAAACAUUCUUCUCUAAGGCAAAGCUACUUAAACUUAUCCUACUUAUUCCAUAAUUUCAAUGUGUUUAAUUUUUCUGUGAAUAUAUUGUUUCAAGGAAUAUUUUUUUUAUUUGUAGAUUAUUUCAUGGCAUGGCAGCAGGGCAGUGCAUGGUGAUGACAAAUGCAACCAGGCCCUAUGAAUUAUUUUGUAUUUCCACCACUAAUAUGUAUCUUGUAGUUUUUCAUAUUAUGCCAUAUUGAUAAUUUUCUUUUAUACAACAUCUUAAGUGUUUUAUCUUUGAACUUAUCAAUAACAGCUGCUAAUAUGACCAGAAAAAUGAUGUUUUAUGUAUCAAAGAAUAUUAAUAAAAUAAUUUGAUAUUUUACUCACAAAAAUAAAUUAACUGCUCAAACCUA